AUGCAGCAAGUACCUAAUAAACUGCAAAGAGAGGACAAGAAGCAAGAUCUCAUCAUAAUAAUGAGGCUUGCUCUUACUAUAAGAGCAUCAUCCUCCUCUUUUUCCAUAUCCAACCCCAUUAUCACUUUGUCACAAGAUGAAUCAAACACACCAACAUUACCUUUUAACCAUUGUACCACACACUCAUGGUCUCAACUUAAACCUACCUCAUCAGCCAACUACAUGUCCCCAAAACUUGGUCCCAAAUGGAAGCAAUACCAAGGAAUCAACCACUGGCAAGACUUGCUUGAUCCCCUUGAUGAUAACCUACGUUGGGAAAUAUUAAGAUAUGGACACUUUGUAGAUGCAGCCUAUCGUUCUUUUGACUUUGACCCUUCUUCUCCGACUUAUGCCACGUGUCGUCAUCCCAAAAGUUCGCUCUUAAAUCGAUGUGGAAUCGCGAGCUCAGGAUACAAAUUAACUAAGAAUUUACGCGCCACGUGUGGGAUUCACGUGCCAACAUGGGCAGAUAAAAUAUCUAGUUGGGCAUGUAGCCGGUCUAGUUGGAUCGGUUACAUAGCCGUAUGUGAACACAAAAAGGAAAUUAUCCGGCUCGGCCGACGUGACGUGGUGAUCGCAUUUCGAGGAACGGCUACGUGCUUGGAGUGGCUGGAAAACCUACGUGCCACGUUAACUAACUUGGCUGAUCAAGUGGAUGGAAAAGACGAUAUUGGCCCUAUGGUGCAAAAAGGGUUUCUAAGUCUGUACACGUCAAAAACCUCCAAGCAAGCAAGUUUGCAAGAGAUGGUAAGAGAAGAGAUUGGGAGAGUUAUCAAAUCCUAUGGCAAUGAACCACUUAGCCUCACCCUCACAGGUCAUAGCCUUGGAGCCGCGCUUGCAAUCCUAAGUGCGUAUGAUAUAACCACCACCUUUGAGAAUCCACCAAUGGUGACGGUUGUUUCCUUCGGUGGGCCCCGCGUGGGAAACAAAAGAUUUAGGAGAAUAUUGGAACAGAAUGGGAUCAAGAUACUGAGAAUAGUGAACCCUGACGAUGUUUUCACAAGAGUUCCAGGGUUUGCUGUGAGUAAUGACAAUGACGUGGCGGACAAUGAAGAUGUCCACGUGGCAAGAUUGUUAGGGUGGCUACAUAGGCGUGUAGAGGACAUGCAGUUGGUUUAUGCUGAUGUUGGACAAGAGCUAAGGUUGAGUAGUAAGGAUUUACCAUAUUUAAAGCAAGGAGAUGUUGCCACGUGUCAUGAUCUGAAGACAUACCUGCACUUGGUAAAAAGUUUUGUAAGCUCCUCGUGCGGCCCUUGCACACAGAAAACAAUCAACGACAUGUGGCCGAAGGCUUGGCUGUAA